ACCCGUCGUUUUCGCGCCAAAAGUUGGGCGCGCAUUGUCUGCUCCCGCGCUAAUCCACCAGUCUUGUUAACAAGCGAUGGCUGGUUUCGACGACGGCGGAGUCUUCUUCAGCGACAACUUCAGCUCGGAAAGCACUCAGGAUGACAGCCAGGUCAACCUGCAGGCCGUGAAGCGUCGCUUCCGCGACUUCCUGCGGAAAUUUCACGAAGGAAACUUCAACUACCGUUACAGAGACCAACUCAAGCAGCACUACAACAUGGGCCAGUACUGGCUCGAAGUGGCCGUGGAGGACAUCUCCAGCUUUGACGAGGUGCUCGCCGACAAGCUGAGCAAGCAGCCAACCGAGCACCUGCCUUUGCUGGAAGAAGCGGCCAAGGAAGUAGCGGAUGAGGUGACCAGACCGCGCCCCGAAGGAGAGGAGGAUGUUGCCGACAUACAAGUGCUGCUCAAGUCGGAAGCUCAUCCCGUCCCCAUGCGCGAGAUUAAGUCUGACCAAGUUUCCCGGCUUGUCAAGGUCCCGGGCAUUGUGAUUGCUGCGACCGGAACCAAGGCCAAGGCAACCAGCAUCACCCUGCAGUGCCGUUCGUGUCGAGAGACUGUGCCCAACGUGUCAGUCAGGCCUGGCCUUGAAGGCUAUGCCCUGCCACGCAGAUGCAACAGCGAUCGUGCUGGGCAGCCCAAGUGUCCCGUAGAUCCGUUCUUCAUUGUUCCCGACAAGUGCAAGUGCGUUGACUUUCAAGUGCUCAAGCUGCAGGAGGUUCCCGAAGAGGUGCCCUAUGGCGAAAUGCCUCGACACCUCCAGCUAUACUGCGACCGGUACCUCUGCGAACGUGUUGUGCCUGGCAACAGGAUUACAGCCAUUGGCGUCUACUCGAUCAAGAAGACUGGCCGUCCAAACAAGAAAGGACCUCAAGAGAAGUCAAACAUCGGCAUUCGCGCACCAUACCUUCGAGUCGUGGGCAUUGCCGUGAACACGGAGGGCGCGGGUAGAGUCGGGGGCACCAUGCUGACACCCGAUGAAGAAGACAUGUUUCGCCACCUGGCGAGUAGCCCCAACAUCUAUGAGCGCAUUGCCAGCAGCAUUGCGCCGUCCAUCUACGGAUUUGCCGAUGUGAAGAAGGCCAUCGCAUGUCUGCUCUUUGGAGGCUCCGUGAAAAGGCUUCCAGAUGGUCUGAGGCGGCGAGGUGAUAUCAACUUACUUCUUCUUGGCGACCCCGGUACUGCCAAGAGUCAGCUGUUGAAGUUUGUGGAACGCGUGGCCCCCAUUGCUGUGUACACCUCUGGUAAAGGCAGCAGCGCUGCCGGUCUCACAGCCUCUGUCAUCAGGGACCCAUCCACUCGCAGCUUUGUCAUGGAAGGUGGCGCGAUGGUGCUGGCUGACGGCGGUGUCGUCUGCAUCGACGAGUUUGACAAAAUGCGAGAGGAUGACCGAGUGGCCAUCCACGAGGCUAUGGAACAACAGACCAUCUCGAUAGCCAAGGCUGGCAUCACAACCACCCUCAAUUCUCGUUGCUCUGUACUCGCGGCAGCCAACAGCGUGUUCGGCCGCUGGGACGACUUGAAGGCGAGCGAGAACAUCGACUUCAUGCCUACCAUCCUCUCACGUUUCGACAUGAUUUUCAUUGUGAAGGAUGUGCACGACGAGAAGAGAGACUCGACACUUGCCAAGCACGUGAUUGGUAUUCACAUGAACGCUGAGCCAACUGCCGAGAAGACGCAAGAAGGAGAGUUGAGCUUGAGCGUGCUCAAGAAGUACAUCUCCUUUUGCCGAGACAAGUGUGGGCCGAGGCUGUCUGAUACUGCAGCUGAGAAGCUCAAGAACCGCUACGUCAUGAUGAGAAAUGGAACUCGAGAACACGAGCAAGAAUCAGUCAAGAAGUCGAACAUACCGAUCACUGUCAGGCAGCUGGAGGCUAUUGUGCGUAUUGCUGAAUCCCUGGCCAAAAUGCAGUUACAGCCAUUUGCUACCGAGUGGCACGUAGACGAGGCACUGAGACUCUUUCAGGUUUCGACACUGGACGCUGCACUGUCCGGAGACCUUUCCGGUGCCGAAGAGUUCCAGACACAAGAUGAACAUGAAAUGCUUCUGCGCAUCGAAGGACAGAUGAAGCGUCGCUUUGCUAUUGGUUCUCAGGUCUCGGAGCACAGCAUCGUGCAAGACUUUGUCAAACAGAAAUAUCCUGAGCGCGCCAUCUACAAAGUGCUUCACUACAUGAUUCGACGAGGGGAGAUCCAACACCGCAUGCAGCGGAAGAUGCUCUAUCGCAUCAAGUAGCUACAUCGUGUCGUGGAAGACUGUUUCUUAUAUACUUACUCUUAUUUUUUGUAAAUAAGCUCUUUUAAUUGUGCUGUUUGUACUAUAUACAACGAAUAAAUUGCACAGAAUUUCUCAAACCC